UCCAGGGCCAAUUCAUUCCCAAAUGGGGGAAAAAUAUUUCGUUUGCGCGUGUUUUUACGCAAAAAACAUAUUUCUUAAACAAAUAAAGAUGCAUGUAGAAUACAGAAAUAAAUCACAGUUCUUGACAGCAUACAGAAAGAUACUCGAGGAGAAUGGUUACCAUGAUGAGAGUGAAACCGAGAAGUUGAUUUUAGAGAUUGAAGAUGAAGUGGCACGCAGAAAAAGGCUUGGCUUGUACAGUUUAGAAAGACAAAGAGUCAUAAAACAAUCAUAUACACCCAUUCAUCCUGAGAUAUAUACAUUGAAGGAAAGUUUCCUGUCACCGAAGUUUCUGGAUCUUGUGCAGUACUGUAAAGACACUGAUGCUACAUUUGAAGGUGUAUUUGACUAUAUGCAGGAAACUGAAAUUUCCAGAGGCUAUAUGAUACCUGUGUUCACUGAAGAAUUUUGCAGAAUGUUCCUAGAGGAGGUGCAGCAUUUUGAACAGAGUGAUUUGCCAAAAGGCAGGCCUAAUACUAUGAAUAAAUAUGGGGUUCUUCUUGAUGAGCUUGGGUUUGAUCCAUUCUUCUCAACACUGAGGGAGCAGUAUCUGGUGCCAGUCACGAGACUACUGUACCCGGACCAAGGAGGUGGUGAGCUGGACUCCCACAAGGUAUUUGUUGUGCAAUACAAGGUAGGGGAGGACAUUGAUCUUGACUGUCACUACGAUAAUGCAGAGGUGACACUAAAUAUAGCCCUUUCACCUAAAGACUCCUAUGCUGGAGGUAAUCUUUAUUUCGGUGCUAUGAGGACUGAAUAUGAUGCUGUGGAUCACUGGAAAGAGAUUGAGCACAAACCUACAUUUGGGUUUCUUCACAGAGGACAACACAUGCAUGGAGCUUCACCGAUAACAGCGGGAGAAAGGUUUAAUUUGAUACUAUGGAUGAGGGCCUCUAGUGUGAGAAAUAAAAAAUGCCCUAUGUGUGAUAAUAUACCAGACUUACAGGAAGCUAUUGGCUUUGGAGAUGGUUUUACAAAGCCAGAAAUUGUAGAUAUUUGUUCUGUAAUUUAAGUCUUUACAGUAAUGCAUAUUGCUGACCCAGUAAUUUACCAAAUGAAACAUUUGCUAGAAGGUAAACUUGCCUGGGAUUUUUCAAGACUGUGCCUGCUUUUAGGCUUUCAGCUACUAAACCUUCCCUAUGUAACUACAUUGAUAAAGAACAUUUCAGACUUAAGAAUGUAUAUUUUCAGGCAUUUAGUUUUUUAAUAAAUCCCAGGCUGGGUUCAGAUGGUAAAUUACUGCAGAAUCAUUUAAUUUCAUAGGUACAAAAUUUUGGGGUUUAGGUCAAAAUAGCUGUUUAAUGGAAAUAUUAUUCUGUGGAUUUCAAUUUUUGAUGGUUUUACUGGUUUGUUAGCACUGUGAAAUCAUUAAUAUUUGUGAGGGAUUAAUCCUUGUGGAUUAUGUGGUUGAGUCAGUCUACGAAAUUUAAUCCAGACGAACAAGGUGAUUCCCAUUCAUUUUAUGUUCAAAAGUUGAAAUCCAAAUUCAUAUCCCUAAGACAUUGCUGUCUUUACCAAAACCACGAAAUUUCGUGCCCACAAAAUUAAAUGAUUUUACAGUAUUUAAUUUCAUGGUUUCACUCAUCCGUGAAAUCCAUGAAAAUUAGUCCCAGUGAAUAGCAAUAAUUAUACAGUAUAUUGAAUUACUGAAUCCUCGCCAAAGUUUAUUUUUGGAGUGGUGGCUAUAUAGAAAUCACUUUGUCCUAUCUUACAAUGUCCUGUCAGUUCAGAACUGUUUUCCUUGAUACCUUUUGAAUGCAAACAGAUGCCAUUUUGAACUUUGAAACAGGUUUUUAGCUCACCUGUCACAAAGUGACAAGGUGAGCUUUUGUGAUCGCGCGGUGUCCGUCGUCCGUGCGUCCGUAAACUUUUGCUUGUGACCACUCUAGAGGUCACAUUUUUCAUGGGAUCUUUAUGAAAGUUGGUCAGAAUGUUCAUCUUGAUGAUAUCUAGGUCAAGUUCGAAACUGGGUCACGUGCCUUCAAAAACUAGGUCAGUAGGUCUAAAAAUAGAAAAACCUUGUGACCUCUCUAGAGGCCAUAUAUUUCAUAAGAUCUUCAUGAAAAUUGGUCAGAAUGUUCACCUUGAUGAUAUCUAGGUCAAGUUCGAAACUGGGUCACGUGGGUUCAAAAACUAGGUCAGUAGGUCUAAAAAUAGAAAAACCUUGUGACCUCUCUAGAGGCCAUAUUUUUCAUGAUAUCUUUAUGAAUAUUGGUCAGAAUGUUUACCUUGAUGAUAUCUAGGUCAAGUUCGAAACUGGGUCACGUAGGGUCAAAAACUAGGUCAUUAGGUCUAAAAAUAGAAAAACCUUGUGACCUCUCUAGAGGCCAUAUUUCUCAAUGGAUCUUCAUGAAAAUUGGUCAGAAUGUUCACCUUGAUGAUAUCUAGGUCAAGUUCGAAACUGGGUCACGUGGGGUUAAAAACUAGGUCAGUAGAUCUAAAAAUAGAAAAACCUUGUGACCUCUCUAGAGGCCAUAUUUUUCAUGAGAUCUUCAUGAAUAUUGGUCAGAAUGUUCACCUUGAUGAUAUCUAGGUCAGGUUCGAAACUGGUUCAUGUGGGGUCAAAAACUAGGUCAGUAGAUCUAAAAAUAGAAAAACCUUGUGACCUCUCUAGAGGCCAUAUUUCUCAAUGGAUCUUCAUGAAAAUUGGUCAGAAUGUUCACCUUGAUGAUAUCUAGGUCAAGUUCGAAACUGGGUCACGUGGGGUUAAAAACUAGGUCAGUAGAUCUAAAAAUAGAAAAACCUUGUGACCUCUCUAGAGGCCAUAUUUUUCAUGAGAUCUUCAUGAAUAUUGGUCAGAAUGUUCACCUUGAUGAUAUCUAGGUCAAGUUCGAAACUGGUUCAUGUGGGGUCAAAAACUAGGUCAGUAGAUCUAAAAAUAGAAAAACCUUGUGACCUCUCUAGAGGCCAUAUUUCUCAAUGGAUCUUCAUGAAAAUUGGUCAGAAUGUUCAUCUUGAUGAUAUCUAGGUCAAGUUCGAAACUGGGUCACGUGCGGUCAAAAACUAGGUCAGUAGGUCUAAAAAUAGGAAAACCUUGUGACCGCUCUAGAGGCGAUAUUUUUCAAUGGAUCUUCAUGAAAAUUGGUCAGGGUGUUUACCUUGAAGAUAUCUAAGUCAGGUUCGAAACUGGGUCACGUGGGUUUAAAAACUAGGUCAGUAGAUCUAAAAAUAGAAAAACCUUGUGACCUCUCUAGAGGCCAUAUUUUUCAUGAGAUCUUCAUGAUUAUUGGUCAGAAUGUUCACCUUGAUAAUAUCUAAGUCAAGUUCGAAACUGGGUCACGUGGGGUUAAAAACUAGGUCAGUAGGUCUAAAAAUAGAAAAAACCUUGUGACCUCUCUAGAGGCCAUAUUUCUCAACGGAUCUUCAUGAAAAUUGGUGAGAAUGUUCAGCUUGAUGAUAUCUAGAUCAGGUUUGUAACUGGGUCAUGUGCGGUCAAAAACUAGGUCAGUAGGUCGAAAAAUAGAAAAACCUUGUGACCUCUCUAGAGGCCAUAUUUUUCAGGAGAUCUUCAUGAAAAUUGGUGAGAAUGUUCACCUUGAUGAUAUCUAGGUCAAGUUUAAAAGUGGGUCACGUGCCUUCAAAAACUAGGCCAUUAGGUCAAAUAAUAGAAAAACCUUGUGACCUCUCUAGAGGCCAUAUUUUUCAAUGGAUCUUCAUGAAAAUUGAUCAGAAUUGUUUAUCUUGAUGAUAUCUAGGUCACAUGUGCUCAAAAACUAGGUCACUAUGUCAAAUAAUAGAAAUAAUGACGUCAUACUCAGUUCAACACUGGGUCAUGUGGGGAUAGGUGAGCGAUUCAGGACCAUCAUGGUCCUCUUGUUAGAAUGAUGAGACAAGUUCCAUAUACCACAUUCCAGGUCCAUGUAAGUGGCUUGUUUUGACUGAACUGCUCCCUUUCUCACUUUGAAAAUGUCCCAAAACUGACGUAACUUCCCUUCGAUAUUUCUGAGAACUAUUGGUGCUUUCUAUUGAAGGUUCACACCAAGGUUUAAGGAGUCUAGUUUAAACAAAACUACACCUUGAAAAGAAAAAACACACUGUGACCUUGAUAGUCAGACCUUACUUUACAAAAUCAAAACAAACAAGUUUACUUGUAUAGUAAUUAUGUGUGGUGUGGGAGACUUAUUGAUGUACUCCUGUGUGUCCAUGUGUCUGUCUGUCACAAAGCUUGUCUGCACUCCUAAGUCAAACAUUUCUCAUCCGAUUUUCACCAAACUUAAACAAAAUGUAUUUGAUCAUAAGACCUUUGCCAGGUUCGAUAACUCAGCACUUUUGAAUUAUGGCGCUUGAAUUACUGAUUGGAUCCAAUUGUCUAGGCCAUCCAGACAAACAAGGCAGUUGUGGGAGACAUGUGCUUUUCUCAGAAGCAUCUCUAAGUUUAUCUAAGCAUUAAAUGAAACGAACAACAUAUUAACACAAACACAAUCCAGUGCCAGAGUAUAUAUUUUCUUAGAAAUAAGUAGUAACAAAAUCACCAUAUCUGUGUUUUUCAUUUGAACAUUCUGUAGAGCAAACAUCUUUUUUUGUGUAUUUAUUGUAAAACAUAACCACAUAAGUAGAAAAAGGACUGCCAGUCUGAUGACAUCAAAUGGCGCCGCUGGAAAAAAGCAGUCCUAUACUACUUUAUAUGUUGCAUUGCAAACAACUUGUAUUGGCAUAAUACCCCGGCUCCUUCCGAAAACUGGCCAGAUCCCAUCAUGGGUUCCAGAGAUAAGGCCCCUUAAAGGUUCAAAAUUUGCUACUUUGGCUUUUGCAGCCAUAUAGAGACUUACUUAUGGUUUGAUUUGAUUAUUAUUAAGCAAACUUUGAUACUAAAUAUCUUCAACAUUAAUAAAUUUGGGAUUCCAUGACGAAUCUGUCAGAUCCAAUCAUAGGUUCAGGAGUUACAGCCCCUGAUUGACCCCUAAAAGAGCCAAAAUGUGGUAAUUUUAACCUUGUGAACAUGAUAGCAGUGACAUUUUAUAUUUGAUUUUAACCACACUUGCACACAGCUUAAGUCACAAUAAGAUCUCGAUUCCUCAUGGGUUCUAGAGUUACUGCUCCUGGAAGGUGCAAAACUUUCUAUUUUGGCCUUUUCAGCCAUACAGUUUUCAUUUAUGCUUUAAUUUGAUACAGACUUGCACAGAAUGAUUCUCUUGAUGAUCUCUAGGCCUGGAUUGAAACUAGGUCAUGUCGGGUCAAAAACUAGGUCAUUAGGUCAAAUAAAAGGCAAUGGUAAUAAACAACCUAGAGGCCCCAUUUUUGACCCUAUCUUCAUGAAACUUGGUUAAAAUGUUUAUCUUGAUGGUUCCUAGGCCAAAUUUGAAACUGGGUCAUAUGGGGUCAGAAACUAGGUCACACAGUCAAAUCAAGGAAAAGCGUGUUAACACUCUUGUUCAUUUGAUGUGCUUGAAACCAUGUCAGAAUAUUUGUCUGCAUGAAAUAUCAUAUGAUUUUUAGCUUGACUAUUCAAAGAAUAGUCUAGCUAUUCUACUCACCCUGGUGUCGGUGUCGGCGUCACACCUUGGUUAAGUUUUUGCAUGCAAGUACAUACAGCUAUCAUUUAAAGGCAUAUAGCUUUGAAACUUAUUUUUUCUUUUUCUAGGUCAAUUACCAACCUCACUGGGUCAAGCUCCAUAACUCUGACAUGUAUUUUAUGCAAAUUAUGCCCCCUUUUGGACUUAGGAAAUUCUGGUUAAAGUUUUACAUGCAAGUUACUAUCUCCAAAACUAAUGCAGAUAUUGAACUGAAACUUCACAUGUGUCUUCAGGGUUAUAAAACUAGUUGAUAGCAGCAAGUCCCAUAACUCUGACCUUCAUUUUGGCGAAAUUAUGCCCCCUUUUGGAAUUAGAAAAUUCUGGUUAAAGUUUUGCGUGCAAGUACAUACAGCUAUUACUAAAAGGCAUAUAGAUUUGAAACUUAUUUUUUCUUUUUGUAGAUCAAUUACCAACCUCACUGGGUCAAGUCCCAUAACUCUGACAUGUAUUUUGGGUAAAUUAUACCCCCUUUUUGACUUAGAAAAUUUUGGUUAAAGUUUUACAUGCAGCUUACUUUCUCCAAAACUAAUGCAGAUAUUGAAUUGAAACUUCACAUGUGCCUUCGGGGCUAUAAAUCUAGUUGAUAGCAGCAAGUUCCAUAACUCUGAUAUGCAUUUUGGUCAAAUUAUGUCCGCUUUUGAACUUAAAACUCUUUUGAUAUUUAACCUUUUUGGGUAAUAUUUUCCUGCUUCUGGGAUAAUAUUUUGAAUAGAUGAGCUUGGCUGUCUUAUGGACAGCUCUUGUUAUCUGGGUCAUGUGGGGUCAAAAACUAGGUCAACAGGUCAAACCAAGAAUAAGAUUAUUUGCAACCUAGGGGCCACAUUUUUUAUUCUAUCAUAAUAAUUUUGGUAAGAAGUUUGUUAUCGUGAAGUCUUGGACAAGUUGGUAUCUAGAUCAUUAUUGUCUGGUAAAAAGUUAGGUCAAAUCAAAGAAAAUGCUUGUUAACACUAAAGAUGGCAUGUUUUUUGGUCCAAUCUAACUAAAAAUUGGUCAGAAUAUUUGUUUCCAUGUAAUUACUAGGUAAAAUAUGUUUAUACUGUUACGUGUUACACAGGUGAGAGACCUAGUGCCAUCAUGGCCCUCUUGUUCUUUAUUAGAUCAAUCAUUUAGUAGAGGAGGAUUUACACAUCCUCUCUGCCCAUAAAUUUUCAAAAUCUCUGCUGUUCUGUUUAUCUGUUCUUACUGCUCCUUCUGGUAAAGUCUACUUUCGAGCUGGGCAGCCCUCCGAUGUUCCCUGACCAAAUCUGUAGCAAAUAUAUUGUUGUUGUGAUGCUGUUCAUACAGCUACUGUUGGGCAACAAUCCACCUGUGAUCAUCUUCCUCCACAGUGUGGUAUGCACUGGCUCUGUACCUCUUUGAAACUUGAAGACCAGGCAACCAAAUGAAUCUUGAAGAAUUGCUUGUCAUCCCCUCCUUAAUUAAACUAGAUGGGCCCUCAAGGCGCCGACAGAGUGGUGCGCUAAACCAAAAAAGUGGCAGCUAUACAAUUUUGAAUGCAAUGCAUAAUAGUGGCACUUCCUCUGAAUGAUAAGACAUUAUUAAAAUUCCAGAUCUUGUGAUCAGACAUGAACAUAAAAAUAUGAAAAUUUCAGAUUUAUCAACCAGACAUAAACGUUUAACAUAAUUAUUGAAAUUACAAAACAAAUAAUAUAAUUCUAGAUGUAUUAGAUUUUCAGAAUGUUAUUUUUUAUUUUUUAGUUCACCUGUCACCUAGGUUCCAGAGUUAUUUUAUAUCUGAUUACCUCCCCUGAUUUUAAUCAAAAUGGAUUUAUAU